GUUCCUAGACUUUUGUGUUCGUAGAUUAGGAAUCGUUUGGAAGAAAAAAAUUACAGUAAAGAUUAGGAGGAACAAAAGAACACCUGGCAUGUUUUGAAAACGCGGAUUCGGAGAAAAUCAGGAAAGCAAUAGGCAGUAGCUAGCAAUGGCGUACAAACUUCACGGCCACGGAGAGGAAGAGCUGGGGAGGUCGGCCGCGGCGGCCCACGCGCAGCAGCAGCAGCCGCGGCGGAAGGGCAUCGGGACGCGGGUGUGGCUCGUGGUGUCCGAAUCGGGCGAUUCUCACGUGGAGGAGGUCGGGAAGCACGCCAUCAUGCGGCGGACGGGUCUACCGGGCCGGGACCUCAGGGUCCUCGACCCGAUGCUGUCGUACCCGUCCACGAUUCUGGGUAGGGAGAGGGCGAUCGUCAUCAACUUGGAACACAUCAAGGCCAUUGUCACCGCCACCGAAGUUUUGAUGGUGAAUUCGACGAAUCCGCUCGUCGUUCAGUUCGUUGCGGAUCUCCGCGACCGGGCGAGGGACACGCCUCAUCAGAAAUCUGAGGACGACCCAAAUAGCAUGACGGGGACACCAGUAGUUGAGGGGCCAAAGUUGCUACCGUUUGAGUUUAGAGCACUCGAAGCCUGUCUUGAGUCUGCUUGCAGGUGCCUUGAAUCUGAAACUCAAACACUGGAGCAAGAAGCGUAUCCAGCAUUGGAUGAACUGACUUCUAAAAUCAGCACACUUAACCUUGAGCGUGUCAGACAGAUAAAGAGCCGUCUAGUCGCAAUAUCUGGUCGUGUACAAAAGGUACGUGAUGAACUUGAGCAUCUGUUAGAUGACGACAAUGAUAUGGCCGAAAUGUAUUUGACAGAGAAGCUAGCGGAACAAACACCAUUAAAAGAGGAAUUAUAUGAUGAGGCCCAAGAGGAUGAUGACGAAGGGGGGGUUGAAGAAUACAAGUCCCGACAUAGCUCUGAAGUUUUUACUGGAGUCAAGCCCAAUGUUGAGGAGCUGGAAAUGCUUUUAGAGGCCUAUUUUGCACAGAUAGAUGGCAUCUCACAGAAGCUAUACCAUAUGAGUGAGUAUGUCAAUGACACGGAGGACUUCAUCAACAUCAUGCUGGAUGAGAAGCAAAACCAGCUGCUACAAAUGGGAGUGAUGCUCAGUACAGCAAAUAUGAUACUAAAUGCAGGAAUCGUGGUUGUGGGGUUGUUUGGCAUGAACAUCGGUAUUUCCCUAUUUGAUGGUAAACCCAUACAAUUCUGGGAAACGGUUUGUGGCACAAUAGGUGGUUGUGUGACUCUAUAUUUGAUCGCUGUUGGCUGGGGUAAGAAAAAGACUCUGAUAUAAAAAAGGAAAAAAGGCAAUGGCCAGCCCAUGGUAUAUAUGAGCCAUUUGAUGAUUAGUCAGUUUUAAACAUCAACUUACUGUAUUUCCAUUGCUCUAAUGGCUUUUCAAUUUGACAUAGAUAAGCAAACUCUAGAUUUGGAAUAGAGUUUUGCUUCUCCCUUGGAGAUACUGAGUGCAGCAUUGCAAUGGUAUAUCAAACUUUAAACACUUUGAAUGAGUUCCUUUUCUUACACUUAAACUUCACU